AUGUCGGAAACUUUCGAGUUCCAGGCUGAGAUCUCUCAGCUGCUCUCGCUGAUCAUCAACACCGUCUACUCUAACAAGGAGAUCUUCCUGCGAGAGCUGAUCUCCAACGCCUCCGAUGCUCUGGACAAGAUCCGCUAUGAGGCUCUUUCAGACCCGUCCAAGCUCGAUUCGGGCAAGGACCUCCGUAUCGACAUCAUCCCCAACAAGGAGGCCAAAACGCUGACCAUCCGCGAUACCGGUAUUGGUAUGACCAAGGCGGACUUGGUUAACAACCUGGGUACCAUUGCCCGCUCCGGUACUAAGCAGUUCAUGGAGGCUCUGACUGCUGGUGCUGAUAUCUCCAUGAUUGGUCAGUUCGGUGUCGGUUUCUACUCCGCUUAUCUCGUGGCCGACAAGGUCACCGUUGUCUCCAAGAACAACGAUGACGAACAGUACGUCUGGGAGUCUUCUGCCGGUGGUACCUUCAAGAUCACCCAGGACACCGAGGGCGAGCAGCUUGGCCGUGGUACCAAGAUCAUCCUCCACCUGAAGGAUGAGCAGAUGGACUACCUCAACGAGAGCAAGAUCAAGGAGGUUGUCAAGAAGCACUCCGAGUUCAUCUCCUACCCUAUCUACCUCCACGUCCUGAAGGAGACCGAGAAGGAGGUCCCCGAGGAGGAGGAAGAGGAGAAGAAGGAGGAGGACGAGGAGAAGAAGCCCAAGGUCGAGGAGGUCGACGAGGAGGAGGAGAAGAAGGAGAAGAAGACUAAGAAGGUCAAGGAGUCUAAGAUCGAGGAGGAGGAGCUCAACAAGACCAAGCCCAUCUGGACUCGUAACCCUGCCGACAUCACCCAGGAGGAGUACGCCGCCUUCUACAAGUCGCUCUCCAACGACUGGGAGGACCACCUCGCCGUCAAGCACUUCUCCGUCGAGGGUCAGCUUGAGUUCCGCGCCAUCCUCUUCGUUCCCAAGCGUGCUCCCUUCGACCUCUUCGAGACCAAGAAGACCAAGAACAACAUCAAGCUGUACGUCCGCCGUGUCUUCAUCACCGACGAUGCCACCGACCUCAUUCCCGAGUGGCUCAGCUUCGUCAAGGGUGUUGUCGACUCUGAGGACCUGCCUCUCAACCUGUCUCGUGAGACCCUGCAGCAGAACAAGAUCAUGAAGGUCAUCAAGAAGAACAUUGUCAAGAAGUGUCUCGAGCUCUUCAACGAGAUUGCUGAGGACCGUGAGCAGUUCGACAAGUUCUACUCUGCCUUCAGCAAGAACAUCAAGCUCGGUAUCCACGAGGACUCCCAGAACCGCCCUGCUCUUGCCAAGCUCCUCCGCUUCAACUCCACCAAGAGUGGUGACGAGGCCACCUCCCUCACCGACUACAUCACCCGCAUGCAGGAGCACCAGAAGAACAUCUACUACAUCACUGGCGAGUCCCUCAAGGCCGUCCAGAAGUCUCCCUUCCUGGACACCCUCAAGCAGAAGAACUUCGAGGUUCUGUUCUUGGUUGACCCCAUUGACGAGUACGCCAUGACUCAGCUGAAGGAGUUCGAGGGCAAGAAGCUCGUCGACAUCACCAAGGACUUCGAGCUCGAGGAGACCGACGAGGAGAAGGCUGAGCGCGAGAAGGAGGAGAAGGAAUACGAGGGUCUCGCCAAGAGCCUCAAGAACAUCCUUGGUGACAAGGUUGAGAAGGUCGUUGUCUCUCACAAGCUGAUUGGCUCUCCUUGCGCCAUCCGUACCGGCCAGUUCGGUUGGUCCGCCAACAUGGAGCGUAUCAUGAAGGCCCAGGCCCUCCGUGACACUUCCAUGAGCUCUUACAUGUCUUCCAAGAAGACUUUUGAGAUCUCUCCCAAGUCUCCCAUCAUCAAGGAGCUCAAGAAGAAGGUUGAGUCUGACGGUGAGAAUGACCGCACCGUCAAGUCAAUCACUCAGCUGCUCUACGAGACCUCCCUGCUGGUCUCUGGAUUCACCAUUGAGGAGCCUGCCAGCUUCGCUGAGCGCAUCCACAAGCUGGUCUCUCUCGGCCUGAAUGUCGACGAGGAGGCUGAGGCCGAGACCAAGACCGAGGAGGCUCCUGCCGCCGAGGCCACCGGCGAGAGCGCCAUGGAGGAGGUUGACUAA